AUGACGUACGAUUCCUGGGAUUCCACUCCGGAUAUUGGAGAAGACAUCAGUAUCUUAUUGGCGACAGCUUGUCCAUUUGUCCUUUAUACCUGUGUCUUUGUCUUUGGCAUCCUGCCAUUUUGCACCGUCUUGUACUUGACGACGCACCAGCACAACGCAUCCAUAAGAGGCUUUGAAUACUACCAGUACGCGCAAAUCCAUUUGCUCGUGAUUCUCUUCUUUACAGACCUCGCCUCCAUCAACGUUCUCGCGAUGUGUAUAUCGAAGCGAGUGCCAUUCAUGCUGCCAAUCAUCGCCGCAGAUGUUUGCCUGGUGCCACGCCAACAGGAGACUGAUUGGGAAGAAGGGGGAAGCCAGGCCACCACCCUAUUCUGUGAUGACUGGUAUGAUGAGCAAAUAGACCAUGAUGGGGACACUGAGCCGCUGCUACAAGAAUGGCUAGCCGAGCAACAGCGACUGAACCAAAUCGAGGAUGACGAUGCUAGCGAGAAUGCGGAACUGACAAUCUCAGAGUCUUCCACUGUGAAUCCCGAAAUGGAUAUUUGGUUCAUCAAUGGUGACAGCGGAUAUGGCAGCGAGGACUCUUCGUUAGUAGCCGUAGCCGAUCCAUUUCUAUUGCCGGCGGCUAUAUCGGACUAG